AUAGAACUCUAUGAGGAGUCAAUAAAGUCUUCUCCCGAAUAUUUCUGGUAUCUUUAACCAAUGAAUGAAUAUUUGUUGAGAAAGAUCUUUGCUUUGCUUUGCUGGCUGCAGCACUAUUUACAUUGGCUGAAAAGGGCUUUGUAUCUAUCUAUGUAUCUAUCUUCACCCUCCGUUUUUUGUUAAUCCCAGGCUCAAUUAUCACAUUUUCUCGUUCAACUAGAAUUUCGGAGAGCAGAAUGAAGAGUGUGUUUGUUUAUACUCUGCUGCUGCUGCUAUUAUUGAUUUUGAAUCUAUUUUCUGUAUUAUUAGCUCAUUCCGUAACAGAGGAGCAGCCUUUGUCAAAGAUUGCUAUACAUAAUACCAUUAUUUCUCUCAAAGAUUCUGCUUCCAUUAAAGCUUCCCCCCUUCUUCUUGGACUCCAAGGUGAGGAUACUGAAUGGGUUGUUGUAGAAUUCGAAAACGACGAGCCCUCAAACGAUGAAUGGAUCGGCGUUUUUUCUCCUGCUAAAUUCAAUGGAUCAGUUUGUUACAUGGAAAACCCCAAAGAACAAUCCCCACACAUUUGCACUGCCCCAAUCAAGUACCAAUUUGCAAAUUUCUCGAAUAGCGAAUAUGCAAAUAGUGGGAAAGCUUCAGUUAAGUUCCAGUUGAUCAAUCAGCGAGCAGAUUUCUCCUUUGCUUUAUUUGGAGGCGGAUUAUCAAAUCCAAAACUGAUAGCAGUAUCGAAUUCUAUAUCUUUUGUGAAUCCUAAAGCACCACUUUAUCCUCGCCUAGCUCAAGGAAAGUCCUGGAAUGAAAUGACAGUAACAUGGACAAGUGGUUAUAACGUAGACGAAGCGGUUCCUUUGAUCGAGUGGAGUUCGGCGAUUCAUAGCAAGAUGAGAUCACCAGCCGGGACAUUAACAUUUCACAGAAACAGCAUGUGUGGAUCACCUGCGCGUACAGUUGGGUGGCGUGAUCCUGGUUUCAUACAUACGAGUUUCCUUAAAAAUUUAUAUAUAUAUAUCAGAUACACUUACAAGAUGGGACACUUGUUAUCUAAUGGCUCGUAUGUAUGGAGCAAGACAUAUUCGUUCAGAUCAUCGCCGUAUCCAGGACAAGAUUCAUUGCAACGAGUCAUAAUAUUUGGAGACAUGGGCAAGGCUGAGCGUGAUGGUUCAAAUGAGUAUAGCAAUUAUCAGCCAGGGUCGUUGAAUACGACAGACCAACUCAUAAAAGAUCUCAAAAACAUUGAUAUAGUUUUCCAUAUAGGCGAUAUCACUUAUGCAAAUGGCUAUAUCUCUCAGUGGGACCAAUUCACCGCUCAGGUCGAACCUAUUGCAUCCACCGUGCCUUAUAUGGUUGCCAGUGGAAAUCACGAGCGUGAUUGGCCAGGGUCAGGAUCCUUUUAUGAUACCCCGGAUUCUGGUGGAGAGUGUGGUGUCGUGGCUGAGACCAUGUUCUAUGUUCCUGCAGAGAAUCGAGCCAAGUUUUGGUACUCAACAGAUUAUGGUAUGUUCCGGUUCUGCAUAGCAGAUAGCGAACAUGAUUGGAGAGAAGGAUCUGAGCAGUACAAGUUUAUCGAAGAGUGCUUUGCAUCAGUAGAUAGGCGAAAACAACCGUGGCUCAUAUUUUCUGCACAUAGGGUACUCGGUUAUUCUUCUGACAAAUAUUAUGGUUUAGAAGGUUCAUUUGAAGAGCCAAUGGGAAGAGAGAGCUUGCAGAAACUGUGGCAGAAGUAUAAGGUUGACAUUGCAUUUUAUGGUCAUGUCCACAACUAUGAAAGGAGUUGCCCAAUUUAUCAGAAUAAGUGUGUGAACUCAGAAAAGUCUCAUUACUCGGGCACUGUGGACGGUACAAUACAUGUGGUGGUGGGAGGAGGAGGGUCUCACUUGUCGGAGUUUAGUACGGUUAAUACGAGUUGGAGUUUGUACAAAGAUUAUGAUUGGGGAUUUGUGAAGCUGACGUCACAUAACCACUCAUCACUUGUUUUCGAAUACAAAAAGAGUAGUGACGGAAAAGUAUACGAUUCAUUCACCAUCUCCAGGGACUACAGAGACGUCUUAGCGUGUGUACACGAUGGCUGCCAACCCACUACUAUGGCAUCUUGAAUACUUAAAAAAAAAAAAAAACGCUUUUCUAGAGAGAGAGAGGUGAAGAAGAAACCUUGUCAACCAUGUCUAUACCAGUACAAGUAACAAGUAAACAACAAAGACAAGCUUAUUACUAUACGUUUUUAUUCUUUUUUUUUUCUUUUCUUUAAUUGUUGUGUAGCUUAUGAUUUCUUGUGGAACAAAAAUCCGAAAUGGCGCCUUCUUGAAUAAUGAAUUACUUUGAUUUUCCUCAGUUUUCA